UGCUCUUGCUCUAGCCUGUUCGGCCGGGACGUCGUCAACGUCCGUUUCAGAGCGGCGCCGAGACGCGUACGUAUCGCGUGUGUGUCACUUUCUUUUUCAAUUAUUAUUAUUUUUUCUUUUAAAUACCAAAAAAAAAAAUACCGCCGCAUUUCUAUUUAAGAAAAACCCACUGUCCAUAAAAUGGGAAAUUUAUAAUUAAACCCAACCCCCCCUUAAAUAUACAAGAGACCAAAAUUGUGAAAUUUGAAAAAAAAAAUUUUCAUAUUAUAAAUGAAAAAUUUUUCCCUUUUUUUCAAUCCGCGUAUAUGUCAAUUUCGUAGGUGGAUAUUUAUCUGCUUUUCUACGCAAAAAAAAGGCUGUUAAUCGAAUGUGACAAUUUUGCCUGGAUUUCACAACAGAGGCAAGACUGAAAACUGGAAGACGAGAAAGAAAAAUAGAAACUCACCAACUGCGGGAGGAGAUAAGAAUCGUGGAACAUAAUCUCGAAGACUUGUGCAGCAAAAGUAUCAUCAGAAGGUAAAGAGCUUGAGACAAGUGCCAUCAGUGAAGCCAACAAUUCAAGUGUGACACACUCGGGAUGCGGUGAUGGCUCUUUUGUAUAGAUUCGCGCAGCUGCCAGAUCGCGGUGGCACGCGAGUCUUUUCCUUUGUAGUGACAAGAAGCGUUGUCCGUGAUCCCGAAAGGGACGUCACCAGCAAAGAGCUGGUCUGCGGCUUUCAAAGAUGGGCCGUUGCAUUUUCUCGCGGAGACAAGGUUCUUGGAGUUUACUUGGUAUGGCGCGGGGCAGCGCCGGGUCUUCGGGUCUACGUGGAUUUUGCAUUCACGAUUCUCAAUCGGCAGCAUUUCUCGGAGAACGAGGGAUUUUCAGGGAAGAGGGUUAAAUUCACUUAUGACGCGCCAGCCCAAGGUAAUCGCAAUUACAUCGCAGUGGCCGAUCUCUACAGUCGAAAAUUCGCCGAUCCAAAUGGCGAAUUUCAGCUGGAAUUGUCGAUGGCGAAUGUCAGAACUGUCUACACGGCGGAGGUUAAGCUUCCAACAGGUGUGUUCGUCGGUCAGCCGAAGACGACGAAACUCGAGACGGGAUACUUCACGUUUGGUGGAUUCGAUUGGAAUCUGGUGAUUUAUCCCUAUGGGAAUAAGGAUACUGAGACACGUCCGCAGGAGAAUAGAUUGAGCGUCUAUCUUGUGAGGUUAACAGGCUUUGAUCAUCGAUGUCGAGUAAUAUAUAGCGUAACAUUAGGCGAGGGUGAACGGGCAAUCGAGUCGGGGCAGAUAGAGGAUCUCUCCGAUGCUGAGGGUCGUGGCUUCGGUUGGCACCCACGUGUUCGUUGGUCUGAUAUACAGCACAAGGGUGCCCUGCGGGUGUCUUUAGAAAUGGUGGAAGCGAGGACAAUUUCCGAAAUCGCUGUACAAGCACUCGGCUCAUCCUCCCUGCCAGCGUCGCCCUGCUACGAUCGUGAUAAACAAGCCUGGACCAUUAGAGCAGAUCUUCAUUCCGAUACUGUCAGAUUACACCUCGUCUACAAGGAUAUCCACAAUGUUCCACGGAAUCAUUUAAGAUACGUGAGUUGGUCGGCGUACAUGAUGAGAGGCGAUGAACAGGAUCCGGAAGCAAUAAGUCUGCCUGGUGCGCCAUUCAGUCGUUAUUACGCACAGGAACCGGCGGAUGAGGGUAUCAUCAUGGAGACGAGUCUGGGCGUGAACGAGGUCAAGGACGAGCAUUGUCCCUUCGUUACGGACAAGGGUCAAAUUCGCAUCCGAUUAGAAUGGAACGAGAGUCAUCUUCUAUUUCAGGCCACCUAUCAUAAAUACGACGACGUUUGUCGCGUUCACAAUCAACAAAUGCGACGAGAAAUAGCAACAUUACAAGCCGAAAAUUAUCAUCUCGAACGUGAACUAUUUACAUAUCAAAAGAGUCUCGCGUUUGCGCAACAACAAAAUCAACAGACCCAACCAUCACCCCAUACAGGACAUCUUGAACGUUCCGCCUCGUCCGACACUGAAUACGCCUGACAUGUGGAAAGCGGCCUCUAUCAACAAUCAUCAAAUCGUCUUUAUCCAGUUGUACCCGAGACCGAUCGUCGUGUUCACGAGAAUCUCAAUAAAAUAAUGGAUCGUCGUUUAAGUAAUGUACAAUUACAAUUAAGACGCGAAUCGGACAAUGCUUCAAGAAAAUCACAAGAAUCGAGAAAUUCAUACAGUGAAACGGCUAGUCAACGUCAGAGCAUUGUUCAUCAGCCAAAAAUUGGUUCCUCUGUUGAGUACACAACAGGCGAGAGAACUUUUGGCUAUGCCAUUUAUCCACCGGGUCUUGCACAACAAAAAAGACGACGAACAUCACUCUGGGAGGCUUUGACUGGUUUGGUGUGCUCAUUGGGAGCUCUAGCAUCAAGGGCAGCAAAAAUGGCCGCCAGACGUAGCGAACCUCUCUGAGGGCAAGUGCUUUUUUUCUUAAAAAAAAAUCAGUAAAAAUUUAGAGUACUAUUAAAAAUUAGGGCAAGAGGCCGCUGUAGAAUCAGAGGAAAAAACAAGAAAAUUGUGUCUAAAGGACAUAACCCUCUUUCUACUUGUCAAUUGAUACACACUAAAGAAACCUAUUUUCCUCUAAAGACUUUUUCACUUAUCAAAGUUAUUACAUAUACAUAUUACGACAAAGAAAAAUCCUAAACGUAAAAGUCGCUAUACGACCACAAGAAUUUCUUAUGUAGUAGAAUUAAAUGUAAUUAAGUAGGUUUAGCGAUCACUCAGAAGUAAACUCAAGUGAGAAAAGCAGUUAGAGAGUUAUCGAUGUUAGAAGUGAGUAAAUUUCGUCGAUUUUUAGGCUCGUUUUAUCAAACAGCUUGCAGAUAAAUGUAAAUUUCUUUUUUCCUAAACUUUUUUUAAUUUUCUUAAAUUUUACAAAUUAUCUAUUUGUUCCUUAUUUCUUCCGAAUAAUAAUGAAACGUACUUAGAUAACCUCAAAACUUUUUUACUCGGCAUUUAAAAUGCUAUAAUCACUUCACUACAAACCAAGAGGUGGCGUCAGGUGGCCUUCAUUACAGAUCUAGUAAAUUUUUGUCACUCUAGUAACUUCCACCUUUUCUAUUAUUUGACUUAUUUUAAACUUUAACUUAAAUUCUUUGUAAUUGAUUCCUUUUGUCAUUUUAACUAGUAAGUUAAGUCACUAGUAAAAGCAGAACCGGAGACAAAAAAAAUUUUUUGAGGUUAGUAGUAAGAAUUAUGCCGAAAGACGAUAAAUAUUUUUUUUUCUUUUUUUCAGUAUUGCGGAAAGAAAGUUUUCGUGUGCGUUAAAACUCUCUGACGGCACAAUAACUAAAAUGUAGACUAUAAUAUUAUACGCAUUUAGACAAAUUUUGCAUCAACUUUAGAAAACUCCCAAAUCUUUCAUUUUUUUAUACGGCACAUUUCGAAAAACGGGAAAUAUAAGCGACUGAGAAAACGAUAUAUAUGGGUCUUUAGAGGUAAAAAUGAAAACAUUUUUUUCAUUUCUUUUAUCUGAUAAUUUUUUUUUAUAUCAAAAUCUUAUUUAUCCGGCAGCGAAAAUCGAAUUAACGCAUAUAUAUUAUGGGGAAUUGAAAAUUAAUAAAACUACUAGCCAAAUAAAUGAUAACGUCACUUUUCGAAAGCAACAGUGCCAAUAUAUAAAUUUAUAAAUGUUAACGUUUAUCCAUUUUUGCCGCGAGAUUGACAUAAAUAUAGUUUAUGAAUGUGGUAUAUAACAAUCGUAAAAUUCAAUUGAACGCGAAAAUAUGGAAAUUCCAUUUUUUCCCCGAAUAAUGAUGAACCAAAAAAAACAUGUUUUGAACAAGGUAGAUAUGGGAAAAUAAUGUCGAAAUACAACAGCGGAUUUUCAGCUCAUUGAUAUUUCUACUCGAACGAAGAAAAAAAAAGAUAACGUAUAUAUUCCAUAUACAUACACUCACACACACACAUUUCGAGUCAUAUCCGAUCGAUAUAGUGACAAACUGUAUAUUACUUCUCAUGGAAAAUAUAAAUGCAUAUACAAAGCGCGUAAAUAAUAAAUUCACAAUUUUUCAAAAUACUCCGCGCGAUCAGUUAUAUCAAAAAUCGAAGAAGCGUAAAUUUUUGAAUGAGAAAAAAAAGUUGAAACUUUCGCCAAGUACUAAGAGUUCUUCUCUGUAUUUAGCAGAGUUGUACCUAUUUGUACAUACAUUGUUCUAAAAAAAGUAACUUAACAAUUUUUGCUUUUAAUUGUGAAUAUAACAUUUUUAUAUAAAAAAAUCGUCAUUCAUCUUACUAUACAUAAAAUUUUCGUUUCCUACGUUCAUUAAAGAAAAAUAACUAUUUGAUAAUAAAAUUUGAUAAUUUAUAACAAAAUACUAUUAAUAACACGACAUGAUCAAAUAUUUACCAUUUGAUCAUAUUUUUUUAUCAUUUAUGUAUAAAUUAAUUAUUUAUUAUUUAAAGUUAUUCAUUUGAUAAAAUCGUUAAAAUAAGAGUAUCUUGAAUUUAUAAAUAAUCUUUAAGUAUUUAAGUUAUUAAGAUAUUGAAAAAAAAUAAGUGUUUAUAAAAACACAAUGAUGACAAGUUUUGCCUGUACAAUCCAUAUUUAUUGUAACACGUAUAAAAAUUUACGAGUUACGUGUAUCAUGUCAGUAUAGAUUUAUACUUUGCUAGAAAAGCUUUUACUUCGAUACUCGUUCGUAUGCUACACCUUAUGCCCUGUGCGCUUUGCUAUAUAACUAUAUACUUAUUCAUAUAGAGAGAAAGAGAGAGAGAGAGAGAGAAAGAAAUAUAUACAAUAAAUAUAAGAGUCCCUGAAAAACUAUAGUAAUUGCUGCUAUCCUAUUUUGUACAAUACGAAUGUCUGUAUAUGGACAUUUCUCAAUUUGACACUCGGAUAAUCUGGCUUUCGAUUUUUCCCGCACUUCUCGAUUGCUUCAUUAUAAAUCAUUCUAUAUCACACUUAUUUUUCAUCCCAAAAAAAAGUCCCUUUCCUUCCCUUUAGUUACGGAAAAAAAUAAGAUUUAUUUUUCUUCUCAUAUUGACUCUUUUUUUGUUCUUAUUCAUUAUGAUUAUUUUAAGACUAUUGUUAAAGAAAUGUUGACUAGUUUUUAAUUUAUUUUACAAGAAGUAAGCAUAUUAAUUCUGAAUUUAAAAACUGGUAAGUGACAAUGUCACUUUUUUAGGACAGAAUUAAUCUAUUCCUGAAUAUUCAUAUCUUUACUAUUCAAACUAUAUUUUUAGUGUCUAUUUAAAUAUCGAAACUAGCCCCUAAAAUUUUAUACUGUUUUAACAUUUUUUAAAAAUUCUCCCUGUUUCGGUGUAAAGAGACAAUGAAAUUCAUUGUCCUCUUUUGAACUUCCAAUGUGGAAGUUGCUAAUAUAAUUAUUCAUCAUUAAAUAUUAAUAUCAUUUUAUAGUAACUUCUUCUUCUUUCUUCUUUUUCCGAACACGAUGUCCACUCACCUGAAACACAAAA